AUGGCUUACCCCUUCAUUCAAGGUAACUUGAGCCCGUUGUAUUUAAACACAAGACUGAGCGAUUCGCUUCCACAACCUCGAAUGGUACACGACUUUUCUCCUUACGGCCUCAGGCCGUAUGAUUUUGCGAGGCAGCUACUUACCUCACAGACUGCGGUUAACAAAAUAUUAGCUGGUCGGUACUAUGAAACUGGUUCCUUGCGACCGGGCAUAAUCGGAGGCAGCAAACCAAAGGUCGCCACCCCAGUGGUCGUAGCUAAAAUAGAGCAAUACAAGCGAGAAAAUCCGACCAUUUUUGCGUGGGAAAUCAGAGAAAGACUAAUUUCAGAAGGUGUGUGUACAAACAGCACGGCUCCCAGCGUCAGCUCCAUCAACCGCAUCCUCAGGAACCGGGCGGCGGAGCGCGCAGCCGCCGAAUUCGCCCGAGCCGCCGGCUACGGGAUGUAUCACCCGUACGCUGCGGCGGCGGCGUUCCCAUGGAGCGCCGCCGCAGCCGCUGGCCCCCACCUGUGGCCGGCCGCCGCCGCCUUCCACGCCGGCGCAGGCGCAGGCGGACCCCUCACCGCCGCCUCCCCCGUCGACGGAGCUCCGUCCCUAGCUUCGGUCAUGAACCCUCUCAGAGAUCAGCGACAAGCGAUGGACAAAGAUAUGGACGAUGGAGCUAGCUCGGAUUCCGGUGAUCGUCCCAAGUUCAGGAGAAACCGCACCACUUUCAGCCCCGAACAACUUGAGGUCCUGGAGGAAGAAUUUGAAAAGACCCAUUAUCCUUGCGUCAGUACCAGAGAGCGACUGGCGGCAAAGACUAAUUUAUCGGAAGCACGAGUACAGGUAUGGUUUUCUAACAGACGAGCAAAGUGGAGACGCCAUCAGCGCAUGAACUUGAUGAAGCCCGUGAAUGGAGUCAUGCCACCCCAUUCGCCCACCCCAAGCCUAAGCCCGGUGCCUUCCCCAGAACCGGUGGCGCCAUCUAGUCAGCCCCAGCCGCCCCGUCUGAUGGAUCACCUGCCCAAAAUGGGAGGCGAGAACUCUGCAUUCACACCAGCUUCAAGACAGACAUCUUCCUCACCAUCGUCGGACUGA